GUACAUGUAAUCAGCUUAUUAUGUGUUUUUCAAAAUAAAUAUAUUCUGUAUAUAUAUAUAUUUGAUAUUAUUUAUAAUAAUGUAAAAAUGUACAUGGACAGUUAUAUAAUAUAUAUUCUAAUAGAGUACACAUUGUACUGUAUAUUGUAAUCAAAACUCAAUUAUCAAUGCAUUUAUGUUAAUAAACUCGUAUUGAGAGUCAAUUUUUAGGUCACAAUUUUAUGGCACUAUUUUUAACCAUAACUUAACUUUUUAAAAAUAAUUAUUUAAAUAAGUUUUAUACUAAAUAAUGUCAUUUGGGAACAAAUUGUUUGUCACAAUAACAUUGUUUGCCAUAAUUGCAACCAUUUGUUUGGCUGAAGAGAAAAGUGUCGAAGAAGAGGUGUAUGGCGUUAAGUAUGCCAACAAUUGUGAGGUUUGCAAGUAUUUGGUCAUUGAAUUAGAGGAACGAUUGAAACAAACCGGGAAAACACAUGAUGUCAUUGAAACGGGAUAUGGAUUUGACGAUCAAACAAGACAUAAGAAGAAAUAUGUUGUUUCUGAACUGCGAUUAGUCGAGUCGUUGGAUGGCAUUUGUGAGACAUUAUUGGAGUAUAAUAUUCAUAAAGAAAGGAAAGACAGCACAAGAUUUGCAAAAGGGAUGAGCACUACAUUCAAGACAUUACACGGUUUGGUUGACAAAGGAGUUAAAGUGGAUCUCGGAAUGCCUUUUGACUUAUGGGACAAACCAUCAGCUGAAGUCACUCAUAUGAAAACUCAGUGUGAAGAUUUGUUGGAAAAGCAUGAGUCGGAUAUCGAGAACUGGUAUUUCAAUCAUCAGAAACAACCGCUAAACAAAUAUUUAUGUGUAGACAGAGUUCUUAAGAGAGGAGAUGCCGGUUGUCUCGAUGAGACCUUAAGUCAUACCAAUAAUAAUAAUAAUAAUGAAAAACAAGAACUUUAAGUCAUUUUUGUGUGAAUUAUAUACAGUAUAUAAAUUUAUUUUAUUAUUUUUACAAACAAUAGUAAUG